AUGGCUUCUGGAAGAACCAAUUGUUCCACGAGCUCGACUACCAGCGAUGCAUUGCACCUCCAACAGACAGGACAUUCCACAGUGCUUCUUGGGCUGCCAGAAAGAUCGUCCUUCAAGUGUCAACACAGCAUGGCCAAGAGUAUAACAGCCGACCUGCAGGGGCAUGGCAAGAGUGGGGGAGCCACCAUAUUGCCAAGGCGGACAGGGAUCCACGGCACUCAGUCGAAGCAUCAUAGGAGGCGAAGGUUGAACCUGAUGGCUAGGGGAGCAGAUGAAUUUUACCCGUUUCGAAGGGUUGGGGUCCGGAAAUUCCCCGAGAGUGCGGACGUGCCCAUUGCCAGCAUUUGUCACCGCAGAAUCGCUGCCACAUCAGGGACCACAGCCGCGACGGGUGCGGCAAAAGGAGUGGCCAAACGGGAGGAGGUCGAUGCUAAGCCCUGUUCGGACCGAGGAUUAGGUACGGGAAACAGAGUCAGGAAGUCGGGAGGCAGUCCCAAAGACAAGGUUGGAGCUGGGAAAGUGGAACUCGAUGGACACCAUCCGGGCCAAUCAAGCGGGCAAAUGCAUUGUAGUGCGCAUCCAGGAAUCUUCAACGUGCGCUGA